UAGUACAAUUUGGAAGUGAAAAGUGAACUAUGAGCGUUGAAAUUUUCCAUUGGUCAAAAGUGACGAAGAGGGCUAGAAUGAAAGUGAAAUUAGCUUUAAAUGGAUUCUUUCUGGGUGUGCUGCUGGUGAGUCAUGCAGACGCCGGAGUAAUAGAGAUCAGCGCAUACGGCAACGUUUCCAGGCAAAGAAAUGUUGCAUUGAGGAAUAGUUCUGAUGAAAGUGCGGGAACUGGCCGGGCGAUGAAUAAUGGGGGCUUUGGAAAUAUUUUCGAUGGAAUGCUCACGAAGCCUAUAAAUUUGGGAACCAGCAGAUCCCAUGAUUCGUAUAGCACAAAAUACAUCGAUUAUCCUAGCUACAGUCCAGUGGGUCCUCCGAAACCGUUGAAAGUUGCGAAUGUUUCAGCUGUGGCCUCGGACCAAUCCACCAUAGGAGAAGCAAAUGAUGAAAGCAUUUACAACACACUAAAAGAUAAACAGGAAAAUCGAAAAGGAUAUCAGUACCAGCAACAUAAUGCUACCUCAUUCAACGACUCCAAAGCAAAUCCACCCUCAUCCCCUCCACCUCCCCCAUCACCUUCUCCAGCUCCACCUACCGGAACCAUUCCAGUGAUACCUGCUGUCGAUCACGACCAAGACUUCGACUACGACCGUGACGAUACGUCGCCGACAACAAAUCUGGCUCCUCUACCACCACCGCCACUGGAAUAUGGAACCGCUCGAGUCAAAGCCUACAGCUACUUCUACCUCAGUCGAACGCUGUGGUACGUCCCGCUGUACUUUACCUUGUACUUCUGUUUCUACAUUCUGAUUUUGGUCCUACGGUCGAUUGCUAGGCAUAAGGUCUCUUAUCCCAACAAUUUCACCGGAACUUCAAGAUCGCUACAGGACAUGCAAUUCAUAACGAACGAACAAGCAGUUCAAAAGGCGGAUAUGUUGACGACCUUCGUGAUGAAACAGAUCGACGAUUUCAAAGAGAAAAAUAUAGGAUAAGGCAACGACUAGGGUAACGACGGUAGAGUAGAUGAGAAUGUACAACAAUUGAUCACUUGACAUGUUUCGAAAUGUUCGAUUCUGAUGAUGUUCCGUUAUCAACGACUGCGAACAUGUGGAAGAUGUUUACUGA